AUGGGAUUCGACUACGGGAUUUUUCAGAAAGCCCAGAUCAAGGCCUGGAAAGUAAGGAAGGCUGCUCGGGCGUUCGUUAAUUCGCCGGAUAGGAAUAUAAAAAGAGAAGAGGAAGAUGAAGGCCAAGAAUUUCAGGAAAAGAAGUACACCCACCGCCGAAGAGGAAGAUUCCGACCAAGAAAGAAGUCUAACCGGAACGAGGAGGUUAAAUUCCUUCAGAGGCAGAGGGAGAGAAAAUCCGGAAUACCGGCUUUACUCACAGCCACGCAGGCUGCCGUCACUGCAGGUGGUGCUGAAGCAAGCAAUGCUAGUACAGGCGGUUUGGUUCGCAAAGUCAAUGACAAGAAUGAAGGGGAUGGGGAGAAGGAUGACUUGGUUUUGCAGGACACCUUUGCUCAGGAAACUGCUGUCAUGGUCGAAGACCCCAAUAUGCUGAGAUAUGUUGAACAAGAAUUGGCAAAGAAAAGGGGCAGGAACAUUGAUGCAACGAAUCAAGUAGAGAACGACGUGAAACAUGCAGAGAAUGAAUUAUACAAAAUUCCAGAGAACCUGAAAGUGAAGAGGCGAAACUCAGAAGAAAGCUCUACUCAGUGGACCACAGGAAUCGCUGAAAUUCAGCUUCCGAUUGAAUACAAAUUAAAGAAUAUCGAGGAAACAGAGGCGGCCAAAAAGCUCUUACAGGAAAAGAGGUUAAUGGGUAGCACUAAAGCAGACUCCAGAAUUCCCUCAAGUUACAGUGCUGACUACUUCCAACGUGGAAAGGACUAUUCAGAAAAGCUUAGGAAAGAGCAUCCUGAGCUUUAUAAAGAUAAAGGUGUAGACGACAUUGGUCCAGUAUCUAGACAUUCUGAUUCAGUUACUGAUGGAGCAGCUCGAAGGCCAGCUGCAACAGAUGAAUUCAUGCUUCAGCGAUUUCGGAAACAAGAACGCCAUCGUGUGAUGCGGAGAUAG